AUGGUUAAAGCAGCUGUUCUCGGUGCUUCUGGUGGCAUUGGCCAGCCUCUGUCCCUUCUGUUGAAGAUCUGUCCUCUCGUCGAGGAGCUCGUCCUUUAUGAUGUCGUCAACAGUCCCGGUGUUACUGCCGAUCUCUCUCACAUUUCUACCACUGCCAAAACCUCUGGCUACUUGCCAAAGGACGACGGCUUGAAAAAUGCCCUCACCGGCUGUGAUAUCGUCCUCAUCCCAGCCGGAAUUCCACGCAAGCCCGGUAUGACCCGUGACGACCUCUUCGCUGUCAACGCAGGAAUUGUGAGAGAUCUCGUCCAGGGUGUCGCUGAAUUCUGCCCCAAGGCAUUUAUCCUCGUCAUCUCCAACCCUGUUAACUCCACUGUCCCAAUUGCUGCCGAGGUACUCAAGAAGGCUGGUGUUUUCGACCCCAAGCGUCUUUUCGGUGUCACUACUCUUGACAUCCUCCGUGCGGAGACUUUCGCCCAGAAGUACACUGGCGUAAAGAACCCCUCUGAUGCUACCAUCCACGUUAUUGGAGGACACUCUGGCGAGACCAUUGUCCCAGUCUACAGCUUGGCUAAGCCAGCUGCUGAGAUCCCAGACAGCGAAUAUGCUGAUAUCAUCAAGCGUGUCCAGUUCGGUGGUGAUGAGGUCGUUAAGGCCAAGGACGGUGCUGGCUCUGCUACCCUGUCUAUGGCUUAUGCUGGUUACCGCUUUGCUCUGAGUGUGAUUAAGGCUGCCAAGGGCGAGAAGGGUAUUGUUGAGCCCACUUUCGUCCACCUCGAAGGCAUCAAGGGUGGUGAUGUCAUUAAUAAGGAGACUGGCCUUGAGUACUACUCCAUGCCAGUUGAACUCGGACCAUCCGGUGCUGAGAACAUCAUCAACAUCCUCCCCAACGUCAACGACAGAGAAAAGGCACUCCUUGAGGUCUGCAAGACCGGCCUCCAGGGCAACAUUGCCAAGGGAAUCAGCUUCGUCCAGAACCCUCCACAAAAGUAA